AUGCAGAGAUAUCGAGAUGUCAACAAUCCCCCUUCACUACUACUGCAACAAGCAAUUUUCCUCGUGGCUGCAAGAUUUUGUGCCAAGGAUCACAUGGAAGGCAGCAGCAACUCAAUAUCCCCUCCUAAGCAGUUUUACGAUCGGGCAAAAGCUCUCUAUGAUGCGAGUUUCGAACAGGAUCAGACAACUGUUGUUCAGGCAUUGGUGUUAAUGGGCCAGUACUGGGAAGGAUCGGAAGGGGAGAAGGACAUGCUUUACUGGAAUAAAUUGAGCAUUGUUGUCGCACAUUCAUGUGGGAUGCAUAGAAGUGUUGAAAACUCCGACAUGGGCGUAUCAGAGCGGCGGCUACGGAAACGCAUAUGGUGGACACUCUUCACUAGAGACCGAUCGCUGGCUGCUGCAUUUGGCCAUCCCGUAAACAUUAAUUUCGAAGAUGCUGAUGUGGAGGAUUUGAAUGAAAGUGACCUGAUUGAGGAUGAAGAUGAAUCCUUCCAGGGGCAUGAUCCCCAGUUCUUCGUAAAAUACGUGGAGCUGUCCAAGAUUAUGCAAAAGAUUACUUCGAUGCAGCGGUCACCUGUGGAUACACUGGACAUACAGGCUGCCAGAAUCGCACAAUGUGAAAUUGAGUUACAUGAAUGGCUAGUGAAUUGUCCUAAGUCCCUUAUCUGGGAUGGGCAAACCCACGCUAUCUGGUCUGCGAUAUUGACUUCCUGCUACUAG